AAGGAGGAAUCAGUUUACCAAAAAUUCUUCAUGAAACCAUCCAUUUAUCUCAGGGAACAGUUAUUAAGUAGAGUCAAAUAGAUUUACAGAUAAGAGAUGAUUUAUUUCUUUGAAUGAAAUAACCUUAUUUCAAAUUGCCCUAAUGUGGCCUAAUAAGCAAAAUUACGGGUUAUAUUUUGGACACAUCUCAGUAGAGGUUUGGGGGAGAAAAUAGAAGAAGCAGAGAUGCUUACUUACUUCAGAGGGGCCACUGCUCGCCACCACCACUUCAUGGCUGUGGCCAUUUCACUUGCCCAAGUAACUCUCUUCUCCAAACCCUCCAUUUUACUCCACAGAAAUGCCAUCAUUGGCUUCUCCUUUUCCAUUCCUUUCUCCUCUUCUUCUGCUCACAAGAUUCAGACUCACAAGUGGAGGCAACCGGUGGUCUCGCUUCUGGAGCUUGGUGGAGUCAAGAUUGGCAGAGAUGAUGUGGUGAAGGAUGAUCCUACAAACAAUGUCCCGGAUGCAAUUUUUUUGAAACUUGGAAUGCAGCUUCACAGGAGGGAUCAACACCCAAUUGGAAUUCUGAAGAAUGCAAUAUAUGAUUAUUUCAAUGCCAAUUACUCUAACAAAUUUGAUAAGUUGGAUGACCUUUGCCCAAUAGUCUCCACAAAAGAGGAGAAAUGGUUGGAAGUUUUAGGUUGUGGGGUGACAGAGCAAGAAAUAUUACAGAAAAGUGGUAAAACAGGUAAUGUUUCUUGGGCUUUUGGGCUUGGAUUGGAACGGCUAGCAAUGGUUCUGUUUGGGAUACCUGAUAUUCGGCUUUUCUGGUUAACUGAUGAGCGGUUGACCUCUCAAUUCUCAAAGGACCAGCUUGGGGUCAAGUUCAAGCCAUUUUCAAAGUAUCCUCCUUGUUACAAGGACAUGAGUUUUUGGAUUAAUGAGUCGUUCACAGAAAACAAUUUAUGUGAGGUUGUAAGAGGAGUUGCUGGAGAUCUUGUCCAGGAGGUGCAAUUGAUCGACAAUUUCACCAGAAAGGAAUGACCAGUCAAUGUUAUCGGAUAGCAUACCGGUCCAUGGAGCGUUCACUCACAGAUGAGGAGAUAAACGAGUUGCAGUGGAAUGUUAGGGAGCAAGUGCAGAGCAAGUUGAAGGUUGUUCUUAGAUGAGAUUUCUGAUGCUGACAACCUAAUUUUACUAUCUCACUCUUAGAUCUUAGUUAAUGUGUGGGCUAUGGGAAGGGACCCAAACUAUUGGGAGAGCCCACUCGAGUGCUCCCCCAGCAGGUUUCUUAAUGAGGACGGAAGUAUAAAGAAGGGGUUGGAUGUAAAGGGACAGCAGUUUCUUCUGCUGCCGUGUGGGAGUGGAAGAAGGAUUUGCCCCGGAGCUUCACUAACACUGCAAAUUGUCCCCUCAACCAUUGCUGCUGUAAUCCAGUGCUUUGAUUGGAAGGUUGGCGAUGGAGGAAAUGGUAGCAUUAAUGUGGAAGAGGGACAUGGCUCAUCCCGGGCACAUCCCUUGGUUUGUGUCCCAGUGGGCAGGUUCAAUCCGUUUCUGACACAUGCAGGUUGAAGAAAGCCUAAGAUGAUUGAAUACUAUCUGGGAUUUGACAGUGUUUUCUCCUCUCUACUCUUAUCUUUUAGCUGUGUUUGAAUAAUGUGCUGAUGCGGCAGUGCUUCUUUAGCAUAUAUAUGUAAAGAUGUGAAUGUGGGUGCGUGCGUGUGAAAGUUGAAUAAUAUACUUAGUCGUCUCUAAGGAUGAAAAAAAUAUAUAAAAAAAUCAAAGU